GUGGUUUUUAUGUUGAUUAAGAUCUUGAGGUUUCAGCAGUGAGAAAGGAGCGACUGACAAGAGAAGAAGAGCUUCCACAUGGAAGUGAGUCUGAGUCAGAGACUCUCUUCCGCUCUCAAAAAUUGAACGUUACUUGCUCUGAACCCUAAACCACCCUCAAUGUUCUCAUAACAUAUAAUAAAGCCCUCUUCUUUUUCACUCUUUUCUCUCAAAAAUGGCUCAUCAAAACGGUUCAUUUCCCCGCAUAACCUAUCAGCAACAGCUUCAGCUUCUUCAGCAGCAACAGCAGCAGGUUCUUAUUCAGCAGCAGCAUCAUCUUCAGCAGCGACACCAACAACACCAACGACAACAACAACAACAGCUGGAACAACACCCCCGCGUGUCCACCAACAUCAUCGCAAACGGACACGUGGCUGGGCCACAGAAUCAGAGGUUAUCGUUGACGCCAUGUUCGACGCGAUUGCGCUCGGACCCAAAGCAAGACCACAAGCCCGAUAACUACGAAGACCUGCAAUUGGGGUUCGACCCACGCGUGUUCAGCUCGCUGGAGCAAUACAUGCCACCCGACAUGCUCAACAAGCCGCGUGAUGUUAAGGCUCAGUAUAUGAGUAGCAUUCUCAUGCGAUAUUCCUCUGAGGGUGAUCGUGUUCGGAUUCAAAAGCACAAGGAAUAUAGGCAGAAGAUCAUGUCCACUUAUCAACCAUUAUAUAAGGAGAUAUAUACCAUGGAUGCUGAAAACUUUUUUGUGCCCUCGUUUCUCGAUGCAAUUAGAGAAAAUACGGAAGCAGGUUUUAGACGAAUACUGGCUGAACCCACAAGAGGAAUUUAUACAUUUGAAAUGCUUCAACCAGAGUUUUGUGAAAUGUUGGUAUCUGAGGUGGAUAAUUUUGAAAGAUGGGUCCACGAGUCCAAAAUCAAAAUCAUGCGACCUAAUACAAUGAAUAAAUUUGGUGUUGUUCUUGAUGACUUUGGCAUGGAAAGCAUGCUUGAUAAACUGAUGAAAGAUUUCAUACGUCCCUUAUCACGAGUUUUCUUUGCUGAAUUCGGUGGAUGCUCUCUGGACACUCAUCAUGGAUUUAUUGUUGAAUAUGGGAUCCACAGGGAUAGAGAACUUGGCUUCCAUGUAGAUGACUCAGAAGUUACCUUGAAUGUUUGCUUGGGUAAAGAAUUUUCCGGUGGAGAACUGUUCUUCCGGGGUGCUCGAUGUGAUGCACAUGUGAAUUCAGAUUCCCAACUAGAGGAGAUCUUCGAUUAUUCCCACGUUCCAGGACAGGCAAUUCUUCAUAGUGGUCGUCAUCGGCAUGGUGCCAAAGCGACAGUAUCUGGGAAGCGAAUGAAUUUGAUUCUGUGGUGUAGAAGGUAUUUGCAUCACUUGUUUCAUUACUUAAGGAAAUGCAAAUCUGCAUUUGCUGGCUGGUGUGGAGAAUGCCGGCGCAAGAAGAAGGAGAGAGAGCGGUUAUCAAUUGCAGCAACCAAACAGGAAUUGCUUAAGAGAAGAAUGGCCCUAUAACCAUGCACAUCGAAAUGGUGCUUGUAUAGUUUCUUUUUUAUUAUGUUUAUGAAUUAUGAGAAUGUCAACUUUUUUUUUUAGGUCAAUUGAGAAUAUCAACUUUAUGUAUAGAAGAAAUACCCUUUCCUCCUCCUCUCUUUCUUGUGACUCAACCGGCCUUCUCUCCUUUUUGUUUUUGGUAAUUCUGGAUUCGGUCGGAGUUAUGUAUUUUGAAUAGGAUUAAUGUGAUUUUGAGGCUCAAGUAGUAAGGGUGUAUUUUAUAAUGUUAAUGAACACUAGUGAAAAGGAAUUAUUAGUUUUUACAUUUGAAUGUUACAUAUAGCAAGAAAUUAACUUUUGUUCC